CUUCUCCAAGGCCUUGAUAUUCUUCCUAGAGUUGGGGGUCACUGCUUUCAUUUAACUAAUAAAACCGCGAAGUUUGUCCCCUGUGGACGCUGGUGAGCUGCCGCUAUUUGUGCAAGUCAGACACCCCAUCCGCACCGCCCAUCAGAGAUGACAGUGUUAACAACAACCAACAACUGCAGAUCAGCAGUGGGCGGAGGGGAUGAUGUCAGGGGUCAAAACAUAAUGACUGUGCUGCUUUCCUGUGGUCAGUGUGGAGAGAGCGAGAGAGACUAAGAGUGUGUGUGUCACAGGGAAGUGGAUAUUUGGGGACCAGAGAGCGAAGGUAUCGCGGCAAAAGCUGCUCGUGAGAUCUCCUCCGUGUGGUUUAUCUCCAAAUCUGCGGAGACCCCACCAUUCCAGACACAAGCCUCCGGCCUUUGACCCUCACCAGCUCCUUCUCAUCCUCAAGAUGAAGCAAUUAUUUGUUUUCCUCUUCGUGAUAUUUCCGGAGAGAAAGACGGUGGAAUGUGCAGGGAGUGCGAGUGUGCGGCUGGUGAAUGGCGGCAGCCGGUGUGCCGGGACAGUGGAGGUUUACUAUGGAGGACAGUGGUGUACAGUUUAUGGCUAUGGCUCUGAUGGCUAUGGUUGGGAUAUAUUGGCAGCGGCUGUGGUGUGUAAGGAGUUGGGCUGUGGAGCAGCGCUGUCGGCACCAGUGGCUCAGUUUGGGGAAGGCUCAGAUCAAGUUGUGAUGUAUAAUGUUCGGUGCAGAGGGAGCGAGUCUGCUCUGAGGGAUUGUCCAGGGAACUGGGGUCACUAUUCAAGGGUGUCAUACUCCGCUGAUGCCGGUGUCAUCUGUUCAGGGAGUGUGAGUGUGCGGCUGGUGAAUGGCGGCAGCCCGUGUGCCGGGACAGUGGAGGUUUACUAUGGAGGACAGAGGGGCACAGUGUAUGGCUAUGGCUCUCAGGACUAUGGUUGGGAUAUGAAGGACGCGGCUGUGGUGUGUGAGGAGUUGGGCUGUGGAGCAGCGCUGUCGGCACCAGUGGCUCAGUUUGGGAAAGGCUCAGGUUCCGUUGUCGUGUAUGAUGUUCGGUGCAGUGGGAGCGAGUCUGCUCUGAGGGAUUGUCCAGGAACCUGGGGUCACUAUUCCGCGGUGUCAUACUCCGCUGAUGCCGGUGUCAUAUGUUCAGGUAAAUAA